UUAAAUAUUUCACAGAAAAGAGUUGUUAAAAUUUGUGCAGAAUUAAAAGGAUAUAAUUUUAAUGAUAAUGAAGAAGAAGGCUAAAAAAACAAAACAACUGCCACUUCCAGAGGAGGAUGAUGAAUUGGUUGAUUUAAAUUUUAUACAUUGGGGUUAUCUAAACUGUUGUGAGCUUGUUUCAAAUGGAAAAAAAGUCAAGAAAGAGUAUUGGAACACUUAUUGGGUGGAUCUUUGUGGUUCAACCGUGCGCUUUUACAAGGAUGCUUCUCUACCUGAGGACUCACCCAUGCACCCUCCUCCAGUUACUCAAUAUGGUGCAUUGCAGGAGAAUGAAUCUAAAGUAGCUUUUUUUGAUUUGGAUAAUGGUGACGUUAAAGUGUUGGAAGAUGGAAGAGUGUUUCGAAGAAAAAUGCCGAAAUCAGUCUAUUCAAAAAUCUACAGAAGACAUUUAUUUAGAGUGAAAUUUAAUAAAAUCAGAUCUUAUUAUGCAUUUCAAGCUUCAUCACAUUCAGCUAUGCUGAGAUGGGUAUCCAAAAUACAAGAAAGUAUUGAUGCUAAAGCAGAAAAUAAGGUAUGUUAUUUUCACUUUGGACAACAAUGCAAAUUUCUUUUGUAUUGAGUCAACAUUGUAUGCGACUAGGUCUACAUAAGACACAGUUCUUUUCCUCAGUGACAAUAGUAUCGAGAUGGUUUGAAUAAUGUAGUUUUCUCUUUCAUAUUACGGUUAGAAUAACUUAAAUUUUAUAUUUUGUACAAAAAAAAUAUUGGUUUAUUUUGGAUUGAAAGUGUGAAAAAUGAUGACUUCCAUCGUUUCGGCUACAAUCAUUUUGAGUUCCUUUUUAUUCAUUAAUAUUAUUUAUCAAAGUUUAGGCAGACAAUCAGGGGAAAAAAGGUGCUAAUUUUUAUGGAACUUUUUAGUCAAGAACUGUUCCUUAUAACAAGUUGCAAACAAACAUUUUGAAGGCUAUUUCACUAUUUAUCUAAAACAGAAAAAAUUUAAACAAGAAAGUAUAGAACUUUAGGACCUCCUUAAACUCAGGGAAAACUUAUCUCUUUUAAUAUAAAAAUUUUUCAGUCUAUUCUGGUGAAGUCACCUCUAAAUCUGUUUUUGUUUGUUUGUGCAUUACACCUUGCUAAAGCUUAAUACAAUAGAAAAACUGGAGUCUUUUAAUUUUGUUAAAACUUUCAUUAUUUCACUAUAGGCUGUGAUCUUGCUGUUUUAGUAUUAAAUAUUCAUUUAAUUUUCCAUUUAUCAGUUGUUAUUUACUUUGUAAUGUUUUGUUGUGAAUGUUCUUUUGAAAAAUAGUGUUACAUUUUUUUUGUUUGAAAACAAACAGUCCUUGUAGAAAUGAUCUGUAAAAAAAUCCUUUACAGAGAUGAAUUUAUUUCUGUUGGUUGUAUGUUUUUACAGAUGAAAUAAGGGAAUAUUAAAUGUUACUCUUCUGUUUUUCUCAUGACAAAGUUGUUUCGAAAUUGAACAUAGAGUUAUAAUUCUAUUAAAAUAUAUAGAAUUAACUCUUUCAGAUCCUUACUUUCUCUUUCUUUUUUGUGUUUUUAUAUAAGAAUCGUUUUGUCUUCUAUAUACUCAGAGUUAAGGUUAUUUGUAGCAAGGAUUGAUAUUGUUCUUUAUAUUAUAUUAUAUUU